UAUAGUAAACACAAUAAGCAGAAGAAGCCCAAGAAAACAACAAUAUUUCUCAUUUUCACGAAAAGAAACUCAAUUUUUUGUCAUCAUUUAAACUUUUUUUACGCAUUUACUUGGAAGUUUAUCGAUUUUGCAACCUUUAAUAGGCACUUCAUGAUCAGAAUGAAUUAUAUUAUCAAGAGUGAAUUUGAGUCUUUCUUGACAUCAAGAAUACCUGAACAAGCUYUAGAUGUUGUAGACGACAUUGUUCUUGACUACCUGACCAGUGUUUUACAAUCCCUUACUGAWGAUGACAGUACUAACAUUGAUGACUUCAUUGACAUGAUGAAUGCCUAUAUACCUGGCUUUAAUGAUCUGCACAGAAUGAGCAGAGAUAACGAUGAAUCUUGUGAUCCUUUGGUGGAUUCCAAUCCAAAGCCUCAUCAUCCCAGUAGUAAACGAUUAGACAUCAACGAACAUGACCACGACAAGAUAAAGAAUAACCUCGUGUCCAGAUAUGGCUUUGUGGAUGUAAAUUCGGACAGUAAAACGUACCAACCAUCACUUCUUAAGAAGGAGGAAAAAAAGAUGAUUCGYUACCGUGACAACCUGGUCGUCAGCACGAAGGGCGAGCGGUUYUCCAUGAUCAAAAAACAGGAAAGUGAAGACGAGAGAAAAACUUACGUUAACUUAAAACCCGCUCGUAAAUACAGAUUUCAUUAAAACUGCCGUUAAUACGAAUAUUUUUUAUCUUUUCUAAUAACGCUUUACUUAUAGCUCAUUAGGGCUACCUGUGAUAGGUGUUACACAUGGAUCCGGGCCUGGAAAAUGCCCUCCAACUGCGCAUUUUGAUACUGAAAAAUAAAGGAUAUUACAUGGGCAAUAGA